AUGGCGACAGUUUCUGGUCGGUGUAAGACACUGUGGUUGAUACUCUGCGUCUGCGUGCUAACAACAAUCCUAGGAUGUAUAUUUGGCCUGAAGCCUAGCUGUUCAAAAGAUGUAAAAACCUGCAAAGGUCGUUGCUUUGAAAGGACCUUUGGAAGCUGUCGUUGUGACAGAGAUUGUGUUAAGCUUGGAAACUGCUGCUUAGAUUACCAGGAAACAUGCAUACAACCAGCUCAUAUAUGGACAUGUAAUAAGUUCAGGUGUGGAGAGAAGAGGCGACCAGAAUAUCAUUGCUCCUGCUCAGAUGAUUGUGUGGAAAAUAAUGAUUGCUGUGUCAAUUAUCAAGCCGCAUGCAAAGGAGAGGCAAGCUGGGUUGAAGAAGAAUGUGAGGACAUUACUGAACCUCAGUGUCCAAAAGGAUUUAACAAAUCUCCGGUGUUACUGUUUUCGUUGGAUGGCUUCAGAGCAGAAUAUUUGCAGACAUGGGGUGGACUUCUACCUGUUAUUAGCAAAUUACAGAAAUGUGGAACGUACACUUCCAGUAUGAGACCAGUGUAUCCUUCAAAAACCUUUCCCAAUCACUACUCCAUCGUCACAGGACUGUAUCCUGAAUCUCAUGGUAUAAUUGAUAACAAGAUGUAUGACCUCAAAAGAAAUGCAUACUUUACCCUUAAAAGUAAAGAAAAAUUUAAUCCGGAGUGGUACCAAGGACAGCCUAUUUGGCUAACAGCUAUGUACCAAGGUCUGAAAGCAGGUACAUUCUUCUGGCCUGGAUCAGAUGUAGCAGUUGAUGGGACUUUUCCAGAUCUGUAUAAAGAAUACAAUAGCUCAAUCCCCUUUGAAGAAAGGGUGGUAACUGUUCUUCGCUGGCUGCAGUUACCUGAAGAUGAAAGACCACACUUUUACACUCUGUAUUUAGAAGAACCAGAUUCCUCAGGCCAUAAGUUUGGACCAGUAAGCAGUGGAGUCAUUUUGGCAUUGCAGAGAGUGGAUGCUAUAGUUGGGAUGCUGAUGGAUGGUCUCAAACAAAUGAACUUGCACAAAUGCCUGAACAUUAUUUUUAUAUCAGAUCAUGGUAAAUUUAUCUAUAUAAAAUAUGUCACAAUUUUGAAAGGCUUUUAUAAAGUCAUAUUCUGAAUUUAUUCUUGCAUAUUUCUGGUAAUGUUAACAUAUAAAAUAUGUUUUAUAUUAUGAAGAUGGCAUAAGAGACAAUCAGUUUAGGUGGGAAUUAGGCUAUGAGUGUUAGG